GCCAGCCUCACCCACUUCUGCAAGUGGCCGUGAGUUAAUAACAUAAAUAUAGGGGGAAAAUUUGGUCUGACUUUUGCCUACGUUUUUAAAACUAAUAUUUUUCAUGGUGUAAUGUUAUUGAGAAUAUUUAUUUAAACUCUUUUCGAACCCUUCGCACAACAAAGCAAAAUAGCGGAACAAAAUGUGGCCUAUGUAUCUUUUGAGCUGGUUUGCUAUGAUACUGCAAAUCCUUUUCGUCACAAUAUCAGUUGCUGCUGGACUGUACUAUUUAGCAGAGUUAGUUGAGGAGUACACUAGCUUCACUAGAAAAGUGAUCUGGUGGAUGACCAUGGUCGUCUUGGGAAUAAAUGUAGUUUUCUUUUUAUUUGAAGAAUUGCCAAAAUCAAUGGUGAUUUGCAAUUUAAUCACUCAAGUUGCUCAUUUGUGCAUCAUCCAGACGUUUCCCUUUUUUGAUGUGCUCUCUCCCUCUUUCAUCACUUCAGUAGUGAUGCUAGUCGUGAACCACUACUUUGCCUUUCAACACUUCUCUUCUCACUACUACACCUUUUCGGAGGUAUUAGGAUAUUUCACGAUUUGUCAGUGGCUUGUUCCAUUCACUCUCUUCGUGUCUUUGUCUGCAAAUGAAAAUACUCUUCCAACAGUUUCCGAGUUUAGACAUCAAGAUGAUGAUGUUGUCAGCAGCUAUUUCUCAAGAAAGGGCAAAAAAUACGGUUUGCUAGCUUUCUUCAAUUUCGCUAAGGAUUCUGUACUACCACAAAGAAACAAGAAAGGAUACUGAUCUCUCUGCCAUGCUACAGAAUCCAGCACUUCACCCUUAACUUAUAGAUUUUUAUAAAACUCCUUUAACGCCAACGAAUGAAUUUACUAAAAUGAGCUAUGAACUUGAGGGAUGAAUAAACGUAUGAUGUGAUUGCUUUUCCACCUAAAAUGAUUGUAAAUCUAAUUAAAAUGCGUGCUUUAAAUAUUCUGAAAAAUAAACUUGUAAAUAAUUAUAA